CCCGGGGCCGCCCGACCUGCCGGGCCGGUUCUCCGGGGAAGACGCGGCCGCCCUUUCAGCCCCAGCCGGGGGACUCGGGUCCCGCCCCUGCCCCGCCGUCCGUCCCGGGGGCCCGGGCGGCGCUGACGCCGCAGAUGUCCCCGAAACAAGUGAAUUAGCUAAGCAGGGAAAAGGGAAAUAGCUUCCUCUGUUUCCCUCCUUCCUCUCUGGGAGAAGCGAGGAGGAGAAGCAGCCCGAGAUUACCUUGCGGAAAGCGGUUCCACGAGGAAUUUAGCUUCGCGUAGAUAAAUAAAAGUGCUUUGCUAAGACGAAAGCCGUUGGGCAACUUUCUAUCCCAAAUUUUACAGAGCAUGACGGUUCUCUUCCAAUUUUUGGAUCAACUGAGAGUUGUUUUUCCUUUCUUCAGGGCCGACUACUGGAAGUCACAACCAAAGAAAUUCUGUGAUUACUGCAAGUGCUGGAUUGCAGACAACAGGCCUAGUGUUGAAUUUCAUGAGAGAGGAAAGAAUCACAAGGAAAAUGUGGCCAAGAGGAUCAGUGAGAUUAAACAGAAAAGCCUGGAUAAGGCAAAGGAAGAAGAAAAGGCGUCCAAGGAGUUUGCCGCGAUGGAGGCAGCUGCCCUGAAAGCAUACCAAGAGGAUCUGAAACGGCUUGGCUUAGAGUCAGACAUUUCAGAGCCAAGUAUAUCACCAGUGACCAGCACUGUCCAGCCCACGUCUACAUCAACUCAACAGAAAGAGAAGAAGAAGAAAAAGGAAAAGGAAAAGAAAAAGAAAGACGCUUCGAAGGGUAGAUGGGUAGAAGGAGUAACGUCCGAUGGUCACUGUUACUAUUACGAUCUCAUCACAGGAGCAUCUCAGUGGGAGAAGCCAGAAGGAUUUCAAGGGAACUUAAAAAAGACAGCAGCAAAGGCCAUUUGGGUAGAGGGCUUAAGUGAAGACGGUUACACCUAUUAUUAUAAUACAGAAACAGGAGAAUCCAAAUGGGAAAAACCUGAUGAUUUCAUUCCACACACUGGUGAUGUGCCGUCAAGUAAGGAGAAUGAAAAGUCACCUGACACCCUAGAAGACUCCAAAUCGUCAGAUUCUCACAGUGAUUCUGAUGGCGAACAGAAGAAAGCAGGAGAGGCCUCUGUGGAAACGAAGAAACUAGUAAUCAAGUUUAAGGAAAAAAAUAAAAGUACUGAGAAAAAAACUGAGCCAGAAAUACAAAAAGAAAAAAGUACCCCAAAACAGAACCCAUCAAAUACAAACGAAGAAAAAUCCAAAACUCCUAACAAAACUCCUAAGAAAUCAACGAACCCUUAUGGGGAAUGGCAAGAAAUUAAACAAGAGGCCGAGUCUCAUUUUCUUUCUGUUCCAGGGAAGAGGUCGAUUUGGAACUUCCAAGCACUGAGAGCGAAUAUCUGUCAACUUCAGAAGCCGCUGCUGGAGAAAUCAAAGUGGUAUUUAAAGAGAAAACAGUCUCUUCUCUGGGAGUUGCAGCAGAUGGGGUGGCUCCAGUCUUCAAAAAGCGAAGAAUUGAAAAUGGGAGAUCUCGGAAUCUGAGACAGCGAGGGGACGAUGAGUGACUGUAACGCCUUUCCUUUGACUGCUGUGGACAGAGGAGACGUGCCCUUUCCAAGCUUCUCUGUUUUGAGUACUAUAGUGCUGCAGUUUACAUUUAUGCUAAGUGUAUUUUAUGUGAAUCAAAAUAAAUCUUUUCAUGUGAAAUUUA